CUCACAGAGUGUUUUAGUUUUCAAAUUUGUUUCCGAAAGAGUACAUGUCUGGAAAUCUUAUCUAUUAGACUCCAUUUUAGUGUUUCCUAGAAAACUACUCCAACAACGUUAGUGUUUUCUCAGUUCCAAAUCUCAAUCCCUCUCUCACUGUGUGAGCCAUCGCUCCAUAGAGUUUUUUUUUUCCAUUUUAUCUCAGGCGACAAAAUGGAGAACGGAAACACGUUCAGCCAUCAAGCAUUGCAAGGUGACAUUUUUGGAAACACGUUAGGAGCGAGGGAGUUGAUGCUUUUGAGGGAAAUGGAGAAGAAGAGGAUCAGAGAAGAGAUCAUCACAUCGGGGUUGUUGCACAGGCGGGAGUUGGAAGCCGAAGUCAUUCGGGAGAUGAUGAUGGAGGGGGAGAUUGGUGCGGGUAGCAUCGACAUAGGGUUGUCGUUGAAGGAUUCUUCGUUGUACCCAGAGGUGCAGGGAUAUGGGCUUGGGGAAAGGCAGAUUGGGUUGGGCAGGCAACAACAGCAGCAGGGGGAGAAUUACAGGAGGACGUCGGUGGUUGACUGGACGGAAGAUGGCGGAGUUCUUGGUGCUUGUCCAUUUCAACGCGAUCCAAAGGCUGUAUUGGCGAGUAGGAUUGCAACUGAACCAACCAAGGACGUUAGCAAGGAACAAGGGAUCCCAUCGGCUAAGCCUUUGGACUCGGGUGUUUCUGGGAUAAAGAGGAAAUCUGAAGCAACAAUAACUGAAUGUAUCAAAGAUACGCCCUCACUCGUUUUGAGCAAAAAGUUACAGCAAGAGUGGACUUGUUCUCUGUGUCAGGUCCCUGCCACAUGCGACCAAGGUCUGAAGGACCACUUUCGAGGAAGGAAGCACAAAGCGAAGGAAAAAAUAAUAGAAGAAGCCACUAAACUAGUAAACAAAAAUGCUGAAUAUUCUGACGCAUUGGUGGAGGAAUCUGAAUAUUCAAAUGAACUGGGAAUAAACCUAGCUAAGCCUUUGGACUCUGGCGUUUCUGGGAUAAAGAGGAAAUCUGAAGCAACAAUAACUGAAUGUGUCGAAGAUGGGCCCUCACGCAGUUUGAGCAAAAAGUUACGGCAAAAGUGGACUUGUUCUCUGUGUCAGGUCCCUGCCACAUGCGAGCAAGGUCUGAAGGACCACUUUCGAGGAAGGAAGCACAAAGCGAAGGAAAGGGCAAAAGCAGAAACCACUAAACCAGUGAACAAAAAUGCUGACAAUUCUGAGGCGUUGGUGGAGGAAUCUGAAUAUUCAAAUGAACUGGGCAUGAACGAUGUCAAUGCCGUUGAUUCUGGAGUGAAGCUAAAAGUGGAGUUGAAGAAUGCAAAUGAUGGUGCUGAAUUGAGUGAAAAUGAGAUCACCACAGGUUCAAAUGUUGGUUGCACAUUCUGGUGCAACACAUGCAAGUUUGGAACCAACACUGAAGAGGAAAUGACCGUCCAUCGGGUGGAGAAGCGACACAUGACUCUGUGGCAGGAAAGUGGUGGCGGUGUCACAGCUAAGAAAACCAUGCCAGAUGAAAUGAAGUACGUCUGCAAGACUAAUGGUGCAGCAGCUGAGGGAAAGGAGGAAUCAGACUGAGAGGGGAAUGAUCAGAAUGUAGAUGAAGCCGGCGGCCGCUUAUAGAUCAUAGUGGUUUCAUAGUGCUCUUAUGCCCUUCUUUCUCCUCUCUUUAGUGAAGUAUAUGUUUGAAAAUUUCUGGCUCCGCCGCUGAGUAGACCAGCUCGAAUCGUUAGGUCUUCAAGACUGUUUUGUAACUGCUGCAUGAAUUCCAAUUGUUGUUUUGCUUUGCA